GGCGACGAACAAUCCGAGGAGCUCCGCCUCCUCUUCUUCUCCCCCACCCCCCGCUGGCGACGGCGACGGAGGCGAGGGUGAAAAUUUCCCACCAACCGGAGCGCGUGCCUGCCGAUGGAGGUCUCAGCCAGGCUCCGCCCGCCGCCCUCGACGACAGCGCCUCUCCACCGCGGCGGAGGGCCCCUGCGACGGCUGCUCCCUUCGGCCCGGCCCGCGUCCCGCGCGGUCUCCGCCAAGCCAAUGCAGAUCAGGGCAAGUGCAAUUAAUGACCUGCAAAGAAGCAGGAGUAGCCUGGAAGCACUGUUCUGCUACGACAAAGCUGUUCCAGAGGAGAAUAUUGGGAAACCAGCUGGUCUAGAUUUGGAAAAGAAGGAGGUUGGGAAGAACCCCCCAUGCGUGCGCUGCGAAACUAAAGGUGCUGUGCUGUGCGCAACCUGCGCUGGUUCAGGCUUGUACGUCGACUCUAUAAUGGAGAGCCAAGGAAUCAUCGUAAAAGUCAGAUGCCUAGGCUGUGGAGGAACUGGAAGCAUUAUGUGCUCCACGUGCGGAGGUCGCGGGCACACCUGAAUUGUUUGUUGAUGUUUUUCACAAACAAGACAAUGAAAUUCAAGUGUGGAGUAGCAUCCUCUUGGUGUGCGUCCAUCAUCGGCUGGGAACCAUCAUCUCAGCAGUAAUCUGUAUGCAUUUUUACUGACGAUUCAUAGUUGAACGAUGGUCGGGGUUUCUGACAAGCAAAGAUAUUCAGAGCAUGCUGCGAACAAUUUCACUGUACUAAAGUUUGAUGCUGAAUCGGGUAUUGUACCUUGAGUCUACUUGUGGUAGAGUCGUGCGACAUUGUUUUGCUUUUGUAUCAAAAAUUGUUUCAGUUGUGACACUUCA